AUGCACCCUCCGGGCGCCCCGCUCGCCAUGGCCGAGGGCGCCUUCUCGCCCCCCGGGGCAGGGGGCAACAACCCGUCCAGGCUGCACAGCAUCGAGGCCAUCCUGGGCUUCCCCAAGGAUGAAGGGCUGCUCGGAGCUUUCCCCCCCGACGGCGCGGCCAAGGAGGCGGCUCGGAGGGGGCCGCGUCACUGCCUGCCCAAGCUGCCCGCGGAGCCGCCGCCGGCGGAGCCGCAGGGCCGAGCCGAGCGCUUCCAAGAGCCGUUCUGCCCCGGCAGCGCCAGCCCCGAGCUGCCCGAGGGCAAAGCGUCGGACGAGGAGCAGCAGCCCAAGAAAAAACACCGGCGCAACCGCACCACCUUCACCACCUACCAGCUCCACGAGCUGGAGCGCGCCUUCGAGAAGUCCCACUACCCCGACGUGUACAGCCGCGAGGAGCUGGCCAUGAAGGUCAACCUGCCCGAGGUCCGCGUCCAGGUGUGGUUUCAGAACCGACGGGCCAAGUGGAGGCGGCAGGAGAAGCUGGAGGUGACCUCCAUGAAGCUGCAGGACUCGCCCAUCCUCUCCUUCAACCGCUCGCCUCAGGCGACGCCCAUGGGCGCCCUGAGCACCAACCUGCCCCUCGAGACGUGGCUGAGCCCACCCGUGCCCGGCGGCGCGGCCCUGCAGAGCCUGCCCGGCUUCGUGGGCUCCCCGCCCGGCGGCAGCUUCACCCCCCCGCCCUCCUUCCUGAACUCUCCGGCCGUCACCCACGCCCUGCAGCCCCUGGGGGCCAUGGGGCCACCGCCGCCACCGCCGCCACCGCCACCGCCACCUUACCAGUGCGGGGCCACCUUUGUGGACAAGUUCCCCUUGGACGAGGCCGACCCGCGCAACACCAGCAUCGCCGCCCUGCGGCUCAAGGCCAAGGAGCACAUCCAGUCCAUCGGCAAGCCCUGGCAGACCAUCUGA